CACAGUGACAUUCAUAAAGAGGCGGGAUGUUAGUAGAAAAGAAGGGAACACUCUACAGCCGUAUACUGGCGAAAUAUAAAACAUAGGAUGACAUUUUACAAAGAAAGAAUAUACGUCCUAAAAAUCCAAGUUUACAGUUUCAUAUUAGUCGAGGGCUGAUUGCGUUCGGUUAUAACUGUCAUUAUAGAAAAUCAUCAGGUUUUGUUUGGGCAAACAAGAAGGAAACAUCUUAAUAUUGUAUUUUAGAAUUGUCAUGUCGGAAGUCACACUUCUCAGAGAACAGCCUCCCAGGCGACUUCCUCACAUUUCUGGGGACUUCGGGUUCAUCCUUUGUUGUGAGCAUUUGCAUAUUCUCGCGGAAAACUCUUGGAAAUCGGCCAAGGCGCGAGACCAAAGUUUCGCGCGCUGAGCAGAAGCUCCGGUCUGAGCUUUGAUUGACGCGAUCCGUAGCCAAUCACACGUGACAUUGCAAGCAGUACUAGCCAAUGGUUAUAGGAUAUAACUUGGCCAGGCGGGGACACCUACGGUUGAAGAAUCUCAUUGAUUCAAGUCUUCUCAUUUCUUAUUAACAACGCUGUCACGGUGGGAACUCAUCAAUUUAAAAUUCAUUUUAUCUGCAUUUUAUAUAUUUUAUUUGUUUGCUUUUGGAAGAGCUUGAACACAGGGCUGCAGGAUGUGGAUCCAGGUGCGUACCAUGGAUGGCAAGGUGACUCACCGAAUUGACUCCUUGUCCAAGCUCACCAAGGUGGACGAGCUGCGCCUCAAGAUCUCCGAGGUCUUCAAGGUGGAGCCAGCUGUGCAGAGGCUCUUCUACAGGGGCAAACAGAUGGAAGAUGGUCACACUAUAUUUGACUACAACGUGGGCCUGAACGACAUUGUGCAGCUGCUGGUCAGGCAGACUCUGCCCCCUGUUGCUCUUCCCAAGGACAAAGAGGCGGAGCUCUCUGACUCUGAUUCAGGCUGCGGCUCAGCCCCGAGCGAGUCAGACAAGAGCUCUACGCAUGGGGAGCCAGAGGGCCAGCUGGCAGGCACCUCGGCCCAGGCCGAGCUGCCCGAACUCGUGUGCCCUGGCUUCGGUCUAUAUAAGAUAAAUGAGUUUGUGGAUGCCCGGGAUUUGAAUAUGGGAGCCUGGUUUGAGGCCCAGAUCAUGAACGUGACGAGAGAGACCAGGACCCCAUCGGAUGGAGAUGAGGGAAAGCCAGACGAGGACAACAUACUCUACCACGUCAAAUACGAAGACUACCCAGAAAAUGGCGUGGUGCAACUGCGGGGAAAAGAUGUGCGUCCACGUGCUCGCACCGUGUACCAGUGGCAUCAGCUGGAGGAGGGUAUGGUGGUUAUGGUGAACUACAACCCCGACGAGCCCAAAGAGCGUGGCUACUGGUACGAUGCCCAGAUCCAGAGGAAGCGGGAGACGCGCACCGCCCGCGAGGUCUAUGGCAGGAUACUGCUCGGAGAUGCUGGUGAUUCACUGAACGAUUGCCGCAUCAUGUUUGUGACUGAAAUAUACAAGAUAGAGGAGCCUGGAAAUGCAAACGAGUCAGGGGCUGCGUGUGAGAGCCCAUUGAAAAGGUCGAAUGGACCAGAAUGCAAGCACUGCAAGGACAACCCAGCCAAGACCUGCCGCAUGUGCAACUGCUAUGUAUGCGGCGUGAAGCAGGACCCAGACAAGCAGCUGCUGUGUGACGAGUGUGACAUGGCCUUCCACACCUACUGUCUCAAUCCACCGCUUACCACCAUACCUGAGGACGAGGACUGGUACUGCCCAAGUUGUCGGAAUGACGUGAAUGAGGUGGUGUUGGCUGGGGAGAAGCUCAAGGAGAGCAAGAAGAAAGCAAAGAUGGCCUCUGCAAGCUCCUCCAGCCAAAGGGACUGGGGGAAGGGUAUGGCUUGUGUUGGCCGAACAAAACAGUGCACAAUCGUUCCCUCUAACCACUAUGGACCAGUGCCCGGGGUGCCGGUUGGCUCUCUGUGGAAAUUCAGAGUACAGGUUAGUGAGUCGGGGGUACACAGACCCCAUGUGGCUGGGAUUCACGGCCGAAGCAAUGACGGCGCUUACUCCCUGGUGUUGGCAGGGGGCUAUGAGGAUGAUGUGGAUGAUGGAAAUGAGUUCACCUACACUGGUUCUGGUGGACGAGAUUUAUCAGGGAACAAGAGGACUGCUGAGCAGUCAUGUGACCAGAAACUUACCAACAUGAACAGAGCUUUGGCUCUGAACUGCAAUGCUGCGAUUAACGACAAGGAUGGAGCGGAGGCAAAGAACUGGAAAGCAGGGAAACCAGUGAGGGUCGUGCGCAGCUCCAAAGGACGAAAGCACAGCAAAUACUGCCCUGAGGAUGGCAACAGAUAUGAUGGAAUUUACAAGGUGGUGAAGUACUGGCCCGAGAAAGGGAAGUCUGGGUUCUUGGUGUGGAGGUAUCUUCUGAAGCGUAAUGAUGAUGAGCCUGCACCUUGGACCCGAGAGGGCAAGGAUCGGAUCAAGAAGCUGGGUCUCACCAUGCAGUAUCCUGAGGGUUACCUGGAGGCGGUGGCUUCCAAGGAGAAGGAGAAGGAGAAUAAGAUGGAGGAGGAAGAUGUGACUGACACACCCAGCAAAGGGAAAAGGAAACGAAAAUCUCAAGGUGCGGAAAAGCAAUCUCCAGCUAAGAGCUCUCCAAAGAAGCUGAAAGUGGAGACCUACAAGCUAACGACGGAGCAGAAAGCUCUGAUAAAGGAAGAUGAGUUGAACAAGAAGCUGUGGGAUGAAGCCAUGCAGAGCCUGUCUCAGGGGCCGAAAUUUCUGAACAAAGUUGAAGAGGUGUUCCUAUGCAUUUGCUGCCAGGAGGUAGUGUAUCAGCCAAUCACUACAGAGUGUCAACACAAUGUGUGCAGGGAAUGCCUGCAGCGUUCCUUCAAGGCAGAAGUGUACACAUGCCCAGCUUGCAGACACGACCUGGGGAAAAAUAACCCGAUGACUGUCAACAAGUCCCUGCAAGCCAUUCUAAACCUGUUCUUUCCCGGAUACAGCAGUGGCCGGUGAUAGCCUCCUGCCCUCCUCACCAACUGCUGCUUUCCUUUCUCGGACAGAAUCGACAUGAACUUUGAGUUGUAGUUUAGCAGUAAGCAAUUAAGAAAGUUAUUGAUUUUUAAUAUAUUGAACAUGAACAAUUUCAUCUGGUAGUUGGGUGACGGAUGCCCCCACCUCUGUUUAUAUAUAUAAAAUCUAGAUGUUUAGCAUUGAUUGAUAAUUCAAACCUGUCCUGUGUUGAACUGCUAGCAUGAGGAUUGACCUCUGCUUUUAAAACACAUUUAAUUGGUCACCUAUAGGGUUACAUUUUAUCGUGUCAAAUGGUGGAAAGCAGCUCCAAAUCGGGACUUCAGUCUGGCAUAAUUUUUGACCUGCUAUAGUACCCCUCAGGCUUUUUUCUUUGGAAUAACAGGCUAUAUAUUUAAAGUCUUAGAAUAGUUACCCAAAGGCUUUCAUAUUUUAUGUAUUAAUUUUUCUGUAGUUUGCUGUGCUGAAAUUGUUCAAUGGAUGACAGAUUUAAGGGGUACAUUGGUUUUGUGUGGGCCUAAAUGUAUAGCGGAAUACAAUGUAAUCCGUUAUCAUGCGUCAUGUAGAAACAUGAUUUGAACUUCUUUGUAGGUUCUAAAUUAAUCUGAUUUCCCUUACCAUUCAUUUCUUCAAUUUCAGAAGUAUCUGUCUCCAAUAAGCCAAAGGCAGCUAGCAACUUGUGUUACUAAUGCCUUUUAUUCCCCAGAAUUUUAUGCAUACUCUGACAUUUUGUAAAUUUUCAGAAGUUGUAUAUUUUUAGCGCAAGUUUAGCAGUUUUGUUUCGUUAGUUCAUUCUUGUAUUCUGCCUCUUAAAGCAGAUUUUUUUUUUUUAAUGAAAGGCAAAAUAAAAAAAUUCUGAAGUC